UACUUAUAACUAACUAGCACAAUAUUCAGAAUAAUAUUUCAAACAGCUUUUACAACAUAAAUGUUCCCACAAUGCAAAAUAAUAAAUCCUCUUUGCUGAAAGACACUAAACAAAACAUAAACAUCCGUAUAAAAACUUAUCUCUCUUUUGUCUUCACAAUACUCUUCAUUGGAACUCCAAUAUGGCUUUUAACAACUUCAAUUUAUAGAGCAGUUUUGCCAAUUGAUCAAAUAUCAAAAUACAAUUUCCAGAAUCUAUUGACACAUAACAACAUAUCCAUAAACAUCCCCAUAUACAUAAACCUACCUUCCUCUGAUAUGGAUUCCUUACUCUCAAAUUCUCAAACAAUAAUUAAUAACGACCUUGCUUCUCUAAUCAAAAACUCUCAAUUAACGAACCCAAAUCACAUCUAUAACCAUCUAAAUUGGUCAAUUACUCUAAAAAACCUUAAAAGCCAACAUCCUAUCCCUCAAAUAGACAAAAAGAACAACUAUAUCCUAAAUCUAAAAUACACUGAUGCAAAUGAAAGCUAUUUUAUUUCACCCUUUUCAAAGGAAUCGACCAUCUACUAUACUGACAAUAUUGUAGCAACCAACUAUGUUGCUGAUUUUAUUUCAAAAUUUAUACUAAAUCACCUACUUGAAUCUGAAAUUGAUUACUACUUUCCUCAAAAAAAACAAGAUGAUCAAAAACAAGACACAAUAGCAAUUCAUGCUCCAAACUAUCAUUUAUCAUUUUCAUUACUAUAUGGUGAUGGUGACGAUUUGAACUGGGAUAUCCAAAACGCCUUUGAUACUUAUUUAAAACCUUUAUUCAAUCAUUUGUCCUCCUUCACAAACUUAACAGUUAAUUCCCAAAUUCAGUUUUAUUCUCAACUAUCCUUCGAGCCAACCUUUGAUCUAUCCAAAAAUGCUUAUAUCUUAAAACAAUCUGAUAUUGCCACUUUUAUUAAUCACGAUGAUUGGAAUUUAGAUAACUCUUUAAUAUCUUCAAAUUCUCAAUCACAUACUUCUUUCAUAAACUUGAUUCUUUAUAUUCCUUCAAAGACUUACUCCCCAUUACUAAUCCAAAAUUCAACUUCCAAUUCUUUCAUUAUCCCACAAUAUGGUGCUGUCAAAAUCCUUAAUUGGAAUACUACCCAAAAUGGCCCAAAUUUAUCUAAACUUGAUUUGCUUCCAGUAAUGGAAAUCUUCACUUCUCAUAUUAUUACUCUAUUUGGUUUGCCCAAAUUACCCAAAUCUCCCUAUAUCAGAUUUGAUAUCUUAACUAGGUUUCUAUCAAUUCAAAACAUUUUUAAAUCAAUCAACAACCUAUCUUCUUUGAUGAAUUUAUCUCAAAGUCUAAAAAAUAUUGCAAUUCCGGAUAAAACCCUAUAUCAUGUUCAGCAAACUUUAAAUCUAAUUGACAAAACAAUAUCUUACUUGAAUAAUGGAAACUGGUCUAUUGGUUGUAAAACAAGUAAUGAAGCUUUAGUUCAAAGCGAUUCUGCCUUUUUUGAAAAGGAAAUGGUUCAACAAGUUUAUUUCCCUGAAGAACAUAAAUUUGCUGUUUAUUCUCCAUUAUUGGGACCCGCCCUCACCAUAUUAUUUAUUGGCUUAAUUAGAGUGCUACAAGAUUUUCGUUAA